GUUGAGACUUUGAAUAGUUUGAAGCUUUGUUGAGAUACCUGGUAAAUUGCUUAUUCGCAAAACUAUGUUUGGCAGGAUGCUGAACCAAAUGACAGGAAAAUUGGGAAACUUUGUGAUUAUGCUAUGAAGAACCCACUGCGAAUUCCCAAGAUCACUGAUAGCUUGGAGCACGAUGUUACAAGGAUUUGCGAAAUGAGCACUUUGGAUCUGUUACAGUGGUGCUAUGCAUUUAUAGGAAGCUGUUAUCUUCAUGUAAGGAGCAAAUGCCACUAUUUGCCAGUAGUUUACUAGGAAUUGUCCGGAUUCUUUUGGAACAAACUCGACAUGAUGAAAUGCGGAUUCUGGGUUGCAAUACUCUCGUCGACUUUAUACAAAGCCAGACUGACAGUACGCACAUGUUCAGCCUAGAGGGCCUUAUUCCUAAACUUUGUCAAAUGGCUCAAGAAGUGGGAGAUAAUGAAAGAGCUCUACGAUUACGUUCAUCUGGACUGCAAUCUCUGGCUUUUAUGGUGUGGUUCAUGGGUGAGCACUCUCAUAUUUCAAUGGACUUUGACACUAUCAUAUCAGUGACUUUGGAAAACUAUGCGGAUAUCUAUACUAAGCCUGUAAGUCUGAAGGAAGACAGACGAUAUUCUGAGUCUCAGGACCAGUGGGUUAAUGGAGUGCUAAAAGCAGAAGUUCAUGAUUCAUCUUUUCCUGUUAUUAGUCAGAAGGUUACUUCACUACCAAGUCUGGAAAACCCUGAUUUGGAUCCCACAAUUGAUACCAACAAGAGCCCCUCUUACUGGUCUAGGGUUUGCUUGCGUAACAUAGCAAAAUUGGCAAAGGAAGCUACUACAGUGCGUCGAGUGCUUGAGCCGCUUUUUCAAAGUUUUGAUGCUGAGAACCAUUGGUCCCCAGAAAAACCACUUGCCUAUAAUGUUUUAAUGUAUAUGCAGUCACUUUUAGAGGAAUCAGGAGAUAAUUCCCAUCUGUUAUUACAUAUAUUGGUCAAGCACUUGGAUCAUAAGAAUGUUGUCAAACAACCUCGCCUACAAACUGAUAUUGUUAAUGUCACCACACAAAUAGCACAAGGUGCAAAGCAGCAGGCGUCGGUUGCGAUUACUGGUGCAAUAUCUGAUCUGAUUAAACAUUUACGAAAAUGCCUGCAAAUUCAAGCUGCUGUAUCAAGCCCUAGGAGUUUAGAUAAAGGGAACCCAGAUCUCCGAUCGGCACUUGAAAGAUGCAUCUCGCAGUUAUCAAAUAAGGUUGGAGAUGUGGGACCCAUACUUGAUAUGAUGGCUGUGGUGCUAGAGAAUAUUUCAACUAUUACUGCUGUUGCUAGGGCGACAAUCUCUGCUGUUUAUCUAACUGCAAAGAUAGUCUCUACUGUUCCUAAUGUAUCAUAUCACAAGAAGGCUUUUCCUGAUGCUCUAUUUCACCAAUUACUCCUAGCAAUGGCCCACCCAGACCAUGAAACACGAGUUGGAGCACACAGCAUUUUCUCUAUGGUGCUUAUGCCUUCCCUACUUGCUCCUUGGUUAGAGCAGAAAAUGAACCCUCUGCAAGCUGUUUCUGCAUCUGUUAGUACAUUGCAGAAGGUAAAGGAGGGAAGUUUCUCCCUUCAGGAUGAAGAGAAAGAUGCAGUAGUACCUUUGAAUGGAGAACUGAGGGAAGAAGGAAGUAAAAUAUCAUCAGAUGUCUAUGAGAAACAAUCUGGUCAAUCUCACAACUUCAAGAGUGCUAUGACUUGUGGAAGAACAGAUCUAACAUCCCUUCGGUUAAGUAGUCACCAAGUGAGUCUUUUGCUUUCAUCAAUCUGGGUUCAGGCAACAUCUGCAGAGAAUACCCCUGAGAACUUUGAGGCAAUGGCCCACACUUAUAACGUCGCGUUACUGUUUACCCGAUCAAAGGCCUCCAGUCACGUGGCUUUAGUAAGAUGUUUCCAGCUGGCAUUUUCUAUUAGAACUAUUUCCUUGGAUGUAGAUGGUGGUUUGGACCCAUCUCGUAGAAGGUCUCUCUUUACCCUGGCCUCGUACAUGCUUAUAUUUUCAGCCCGGGCUGGUGACCUCCCAGAGCUAAUUCCAAUUUUCAAAGCAUCUAUGACAGAUAGAAUGGUUGAUCCCGGUCUUCAGUUAGUUGAUGGUAUCUGGCUGCAGGCAGUUUCUAUUGAAUCUGAUAAGGAGAGGAUAUCUUAUGGAUCAUUGCGGGAAGAUGAAGUGGCUGCAUUGAAGUCUCUGUCAGCAGUUGAAUUAGAUGACCAGCUACUAAGAGAAACUGUGAUAUCCCACUUCAUGAUUAAAUUUGCAAAAUUGUCUGAGGUUGAGUUGUCUAGCAUCAAGAAGGAACUCUUACAAGGAUUUUCACCUGAUGAUUCAUUUCCUUUAGGAGCUCCGCUAUUCAUGGAGACACCACGACCAUGUUCUCCUCUUGCCCAGAUAGAUUUUCCUGAAUUUGAUGAGGUGAUGCCUCCAGGUUCAUUGACAGAUGAUGAAGCCUACCCUGAACCAAGUGGAAGUCAGUCAGACCGCAAAUCAUCACUCUCCAUCAAUACACUUGACAUUCUAAGCGUUAAUCAGCUCCUGGAUUCAGUUCUGGAAACAGCACGAGAAGUUGCAAGCAACCCAGUUUCCACAACACCGAUACCUUAUGACCAAAUGAAGAGUCAAUGUGAAGCCCUUGUAACAGGUAAACAACAGAAGAUGGCAGUUCUUCAUAGUUUCAAGCAAGCAGACACCAUGGCGAUAGUCCUCUCCAGUGAAAGUGAAAAUACAUGCCACACGUUAUCAACCACGGCGACGGAAUUUUCAGAAGGGGAUCUAAAGUUGACAAACAAUGAUCAAAUUCGAGUACAAAAUCAACUUCUCCUCUGCUCGCGUGAGUAUGGACAGCAUUCUUUCAAACUACCGCCUUCAAGUCCCUAUGACAAAUUCUUGAAAGCUGCCGGAUGCUAAUGUCACUAGACGUAUCGUAUUUCUGUAUGUAACUGUAGUACAUUGUCCCUUAUUAUCUUUAUGUUCCUCGUGAAAAGUCGGGUAUUUGUUCAUUCUUUAGCAUCAAUUAAAUCAAUAUUAAGUUUUGUAUCGAAGCUCGCUACCUUUCAUGUUCAAAUGUAAGAAAUGAGCGGUGAGGGACGUGUUGGUGGAAAAGGGAGUUUUCUUUCACAAGACAGUAUUAUGUUGUGUAAUUUGAGGCCACAUGUUAAUGUAUGUCGAUCUUCAUCCAGUUUGGUUUAUAAAUUUGGACAAUCUUGUGUGUAAA